GCGCAAAUAUGGCCCCUUCAGUCAAUCUUGAUACUAUACAAGUGUAUUCUCCUGGUUUUCUUUUCAUUAAAUCUCCUUUGGUGUCCAUGGGGAUCAUGAAUGCGCAGGUAGGUAUUCUGUGCGACAUGAUUACUGUUACACGCAUACACGACAUUCAAAUACGGUCCGAUCCUACCUCCUGAUUUACGUGCUCCAUAAGAUGAGGCUUCGCACAAAUCUCCAUUCUCUCUCUCUUUGCUGAACAUAACUCAUCUCAUCAGUUAUCUUCCACAACGAAUAACGAAUGGGAAAAUAGACGACACGGAAGUGAAUGAUGGAGAUGGUGUGCCAUCUACCACUCGCUCAUAUGAAAAAUGUGCCACUUCAUCUCCGCCUCACGAUCUGAGUCACUUACGCUACCAUACCACACUACAGGACUUCGGAGAAAAGUUGCAGAAAGCUGCCAAUGCAGCUUAUCCGAAACGACGAACAAAUUAGAUAUACUCGAGUGUACGCGCUUCUCCUUUUAUGGGGAGACGUCAUCUGAAAAAUCACAUACACAACUAGCGCCGUACGAUUGGAACGACUUUCUAGAAACAUCCAAGGAUCAAGCUACGAAAACCAUUGCAAAAAGCGGUUUGGAACGAACAGCGUAUUAUUGGAACUUGAAGGAGCCAAUGGCGGACUCCCAAGUUGGAUUACGAAAUGGUUUUUGUGUCGUCGAUUCCCGUAUCGCGAUCAGACGAAUCGUUAUAAGCUAGAGGCGUAUGGUUUUGUGAGACAGUUUGCACGUUGGGUUUGAUGGUUUGGAGGAGGAUUUUCUUCAUUUUGUUAUUUUGUCAUUUCCCGGUUUCGCGGUUAAUGUUUGGCUUUUUCCUGAUUUUCCUACAGGCUUUUCUUAACACAGGAGGUUUUCUCCUUUGUGGAAUAUAGGUAGUUGCAGUAUUGGAUAACUUUACAUUAGAGCAGCAACGAUGAUAUAUCAUGAUCAUUUAGCUCGUCAUUUGUGGGCUUCACAUUAAACAAAACUGGAAAUGAGAACUUCGAAUCCUGGACAGUUACUUCUUCAGCAACAUGGAUGAAAGCAGAAGUGCAGAACGCGGGAGAGAUCACCGCCAAUCAAGCGAGUCGCCAAUGAUGAUCAAUGAUCGCGCGAUAUUGGCGCACUUGGAUUGUAAAUACUGUAUUGUGAAAUUAGAGGGGUCAAGAUAUGGAAAGAGAAUUGAAAGGUUUAUAUCAUAGACUGAUGAAAUAAAGA